GCAAAACAGAAAAGUUGUGGAGUGCAAGUUGGAUAGGAACGAAGCUUGUGGAACAAAGCGUCAUUCUGUAAUAAGAAUCUUUGAAUCGCUUACUCUCCGUUCUCUUCACCUUCCUCAACCUCUCUUUUCAUCUCCUCAUUUCUCCUUGCGUUCAUGUGAGCUGGAGGACAUGUGACAUGUAACCCAUAUUAUGGCUAAUGUUCGGUGGCAGAUCUUGGUGUAACAGAUAGCAGAAGAAUGUGCCCUCAUUAUUCAAAUAAUAUGAACAACUCUGUAAUGUUAUUGAUGAUAUCAUUAUUUGGACUUAAUUAGAUGCUUUCUUUGCAGUACAGUUUAUUUCCAAUUGAAUUUUACUUUUAUACACAAAUCCACUUUUCGUCUGUAGCAUAAUCUUAUUUAGGGUGUUGUGCUAUCCAAGUCCAAAAAGAGCUAGUGAUGAAGCAAUGGCUUGAUAGUUAUUGAUAAGACUCCAGAAAUACUACUCUUGAAAUCAUACUUGUUGGUUGGUGGUAGCUGUUGCUUUGUCACCGUUCUACACAAGUCAUUGAAUGGUAAAACUAAAACAUUAAUUUGUAUGCCUUUGUACCUUGCUGCCUGCUUUCCAUGUCUCCAUAUUUUAUUUGCAUCAAGAGAUUGACCUUGUAAGAAUCGUUGUUAACUGGUCAGGCCUAAGUUAAGCUUCAUUAAGGUUCAUUUUGGAUCUUGGAAUGACAGCUUCAAAAUAACGCAUGGGAUGGAUUUGAUGUAAUGGAGCAUCAUAGCUGCAAGAAAUUAGUUGGGGUUGUAUGGUAUUAAAUAGUAGUGACUUUGUGAAUAACCGUGGUACGCAGGAUAAAGAGAAACUGUACUUGAGAAAUCCAACCCACAAAUAAAGGAUGCUGGAAAAGGGUUCAUGGUCUCACACAUCUGAGGCAAUAUGGAUUGUGGUGGUGAUGAGCUUUGUACUGAUGACACUCUCCUGAGAGACAAGUCUGUUGUUGAAGAUGGUACUGUUAGUCAAUAUCCAAUUAAUCAGAUGUCUCAAGAUGAUAACGAAUUCAGUUUUCUUGAUAGUGAUGGGUGGCUGGAUAUAGAGAACUUUGAAGAUGUUGACAGAAUGUUGAAUUAUGAUUUAACUUUUGGAAUGGGAAGUCUCAAUAAUGAAGAGGAGUUCUGCUGGCUAUCGUCUUCUCGUGACGCUGAAGGUUCUGAUGAUGCUUUGAAGUCUGACUUCAAAUUUUCAUGUGCAGAAAUAAGUCCAUUGAAAAGUAUGUCUGACUAUGAUAUGAGUUCCAAGGAAGAUAUUAAAGGUCUUCCAAUCAAUGAUUCCAACAAAACAUUAUCUUCUGCUGAUAGAAAAGUUAGGUCUCAAAUGGAUGUUGAUGAUAAUGGCAUCCCUCCUACGAGUUUCAAUGAAUCAGGAAAGAAAUCCAGCAAUACAGCUGACUUGGUGCCAAAAGAAAAGAGGAAGAUGGCAAAGUCGUUAGCAGGAAGACAAAAAAAUAGUUACCUAGAAAAUGAUGAUUCCAUGCAUCAAUAUACUCCUCUGGAGCAGUAUGAAGAUAUACAUCAACACUUUGGAGCCUCUUCCAGUGGGAUCACUUCUGUUGAUAGCAUCCAGAAACAAAAGUUGAGCUCAGAUUCUGAUCCUUUAGGUUGCAUGCAGACACAAAUUCCAUUAAUGCACCUAGACUUGAGUCAAACUCCAAAUCACACUUCCCUCUUUCCGACUUUUUCUAAAUCAAGAUCCAAGCAAAGUGAGCAUCCAUCAGCUUCUCUUAAAGAAUCAUCUUGUGCCUCAAACAUGGAGAGUUCUCAUGGUCAUUCUUUGGAAGCUGCUACCUUGAAAUCAGAUGAAAAGGGAGAAAAGAUGUAUCCCUGCCAUGAUAAACACACGUUAUCUAGGAGUGUCAAAAGUGACGGUGUGCCAAGAGAAAUGCCAUUUUGUGGUCCAGGUUCAGCUCAGAAGGUAGAUAAUCAGUUUGAAAAUGAAAAUGAAGGCCACAGUGAAGUUCAUGGAGUACGCAUAGGGUUUUCUCCAGAAAUAGACUCAUCAACUGCGCAGGAAAGCUCAUCCAUGAGCUCUGCAGUGAACAGCAACUCACUUGAAGCAAACAGCUUUUGCCAGCUGCAACAGGUCAUGGAUCAGUUGGAUAUUAGAACCAAAUUGUGCCUAAGGGAUAGUCUAUACCGUUUGGCUAAGAGUGCCGAGCAAAGACAUAAUGACUCAAAUGCAAAUGGUUGCACCGGAGAUGAUCAAGCAUGCAAAUCAAUGGUGCCACAUAAUGGUAGCAGGUGUAUGGGAUUCAUGGAUAUGGAAACUGACACAAACCCCAUUGAUCGAUCUAUAGCACACUUACUGUUUCACAGACCCCAUGAUCAAUCAAUGUCGCAUCCUUAUGAUACUAUACCUUCCAAAUCCAGUGCCACGAUACAUGGGUCACUGAUCAAUUCACCACUAAAGACUGAGAAACACGUUUGUCUAGAAGACUCUUCUACUGGAGUGGGAAAGAAGACCGUAGGAGGUAACACCUAAUCAGUGUCUAAAUCAGCUUUGUCACAUUUAGCUGUCUGUAUAAUGAUGAUUUUUUUCAAGGGCAUAUAUGUAUAAUUAUUCGGGCUUACUUAGAUCCUGUAGUUAACUUGUAAUUCAUUUUUCUGCUUUGGAUUUAGAUGCCAUCAUACUGAUCCAUCAUAAGGUGGUAUUUAUGAUGAUGACGAUUAACGAGUAAUGUAAUGGUACGCUGACAAAUCCUUUCAUGCAAAAGAAGAUCACAAUUUUCAAUACUUAAAAAAGUAUUUCAUAUUAUGUUAUAUGAAUAAUUAUUAUA